CUCAGGUGAGAGCCAGUGACAACUCAACCCAAAGAAGUGGAGCAGGAACGGAAAGAAACAGGAAGAGGGAGAAGAAGACACCAUCGGUUCCACAAUGUCCAUGACCAAGAGACUAUUCAAGGAGCUUGAAGAAAUCCGAAAAAAUGGGGCGAAGUACUUUCGCAACAUUCAAGUGGAUGAAUCGAAUGUUUUGAGCUGGCAAGGGCUCCUCGUUCCUGAUUGUGCUCCAUAUGACAAAGGAGCAUUUCGGAUUGAAAUCAUCUUCCCCGCGGAGUACCCCUUCAAGCCACCUAAGGUCACCUUCAAGACAAAAAUCUACCACCCCAACGUUGACGAGAAGGGUCAGGUGUGCCUGCCGGUCAUCAGCGUGGAGCACUGGAAGCCGGCGACAAAAACUGAAACUGUGAUUAGCAACCUUGUUAGUCUGGUGAACACCCCUCAGCCGGAGCACCCGCUGCGGGCCGACCUGGCCGAGGAGUACAGCAAAGACCGCACCAAAUUCAUGAAGAACGCCGAGGAGUUCACAAAGAAACACAGUGAAAAGCGGCCCGUCGACUGACGGCGUUGACACCGGCCUCCUUUCUGUUUCCCGUUCCAAGUGCCCGCCCUGACUCUCUGUUCUUACCCCCCAAAACUACACAGAGACGCCCUGUUCUGCAUAUCUGCUUGUUUUUUAGCACUCUCCAACCACUCCUUAAUGAUGAUAGGGGCUUGUGUUUCUGUUUCACUUUGCCAAAAUAAAAAAAGAAAAGCAGGACUUUUUGGUGAAUAGGCAGGCUCCGGCCUCUAGGUGUCGCCUUUUGGUUGUUUUAUGUUCUUUCUACUGAUUUCUUUUUAGAAAAAACAAAACAGAAAAUAGUCUGAGGUGGUGUCCUGGAAAGUUACAAAGUCAUAAACAAUAUAAAGUGCUGUUCUGCUUACUUAAAUGUUGAAUGUUUUUUUCAGAUUAAUCAUUAGCUCCUGCCGACCUGUUUACAGAUAUAUAUAUAUAUUUUUUUUUUUUUUAAGCUUUUUUUUCCCAAGCGUUAACAAAAUGCACAGAUAAUCUAAAGCUGUUGUUUUUAUCUGUCGUCUUUAUUUCUCUUUUCUUUUCCCUUAUGAUACACUGUAUUUUGUGAGAUCACCUGGAAAUUAAAGUUUGUUACUGAAAUGCAGAAUUCCACUUGUAAACUCGGAGAUUUGUGAAAAUGCAACUACAUUGUACAUGUUUUUGUAUUUUGGGAUGUUGUGAGGAAAAAGUCUCAUAAUUAAAAACUCUUCCACCUCU